AGCCUCUGACAAAGCGAUCGAGGAGCUCCGGGCGGCACCAGGUCGAUCCAGAGACUUCUAGCCGCUUACGGUGCCUCCGUGUCUGUCCCGGCCCUGCUGUUGAACACAGAGGAAUUUCACCUCUGGAUCUGAGUUAAAAAAAAAAAAUACGAUAAUGCCCACGAUAAAAUUACAGAGCUCUGAUGGGGAAAUCUUCGAGGUCGAUGUUGAGAUCGCCAAACAGUCUGUCACUAUUAAGACCAUGUUAGAAGAUUUGGGAAUGGACGAUGAAGGAGACGAUGAUCCAGUUCCCCUCCCUAAUGUGAAUGCAGCCAUCCUUAAGAAGGUGAUUCAGUGGUGCACUCAUCACAAAGAUGACCCUCCUCCUCCUGAGGAUGAUGAGAACAAGGAGAAAAGAACAGAUGACAUUCCUGUUUGGGACCAGGAGUUCCUCAAAGUGGACCAAGGCACCUUGUUUGAACUCAUUCUGGCCGCCAACUAUUUGGACAUCAAAGGCCUGUUAGAUGUCACCUGCAAGACGGUGGCUAACAUGAUCAAAGGCAAAACCCCAGAGGAGAUCAGGAAGACUUUCAACAUCAAAAAUGAUUUUACAGAGGAGGAGGAAGCCCAGGUACGCAAAGAGAACCAGUGGUGUGAAGAGAAGUAAAGAGGAGAUCCUGCCAACACCACCACACUGAAAAGGAAUUGUCCCUGCUAACUGGUUGCACUGGCGUUGUUCAUACUUGUCAAUAUUUACAUUUAGUGUACUUAGAGCCACAUCACAGCCCCCCUUCCCCUCCCCAUCCCUUGACCCCCAGUUAUCACCCCACCAACAGCAUGACCAUUUUAACUUGCCUGUGUGUUGUCUUAAUUUAAAUAAAGAAAAGCUCUUUUCGGUUACCACACACGUGUUUUAUUUUCAUGUUUAAAAAUAGUUCUGGAUUCAUGGCUUUGUACCCUAAAAGAUAUGUCACUUCUUUCAUAUUUCCCCCAAUUAUUAAUCACUGCGGUUGUCUUUUUUACUGGACGUGUUUGUGUUCUUUUAGGUUAACGGAUGAAAUAAAAUGGCUUUUUUGACAAUGGAAAUGAAUAUUUAGUUUUUGCUCUAUAAAUGCAUCGGUUCUGUAAGAAAACGUGCAGAGGGUUGAGUGUCUGAAGGAGAAGUGAAGUUUGAGUUGAUUAGAUGAUUCUGUGUUGAGGACUACAGAUGCUUGUCUGUGGACACUGAAUUGGUUCAUGCUGAUUCACGUUGUAUUGAAUUGGAAACUUCUCCGAUCAACUCUGAUGCUGGCUUUUGAGAUGAUCAAACAUAUUGAAGGAGUCAAUAAAACUGAAAAAAAAG